GCACGGCUCCCCCUGCGAUGCGAGCAUGAUGCGGCGGUCGUCGCUGCUGUGCCCGCUGCUGCUGGCGGCGCUGCUGGGCCGGGGCCUCGCCGCGGCGUCUCCGGAUGCUACCGCUGUGAAUGCAGGACGGCCCACGAGCGAAGCCACCACGGAAACGUCUGACCCCGUCCAGCGCAUGAGAACUGCUCCUACCAUGCCUGAUAUGUCGGAUCCACUGUUCAAGGACCAGUGGUACUUGAACGGCGGCGCCAAGGGCGGGCUGGACAUGAACGUGGUCCCGGCGUGGCGCAAGGGCUACUCCGGCAAGGGCGUCGUCGUGUCCAUCCUGGACGACGGCAUCCAGACCAACCACCCGGACCUGGCGCUCAACUACGACCGGCUGGCGAGCACCGACAUCAACGACAACGACGACGACCCCACGCCGCGCGACGACGGCGACAACAAGCACGGCACGCGCUGCGCCGGCGAGGUGGCCGGCAUCGCCUUCAACAGCAUCUGCGGCGUCGGCGUCGCCUACAACGCCAGCAUCGGCGGGGUGCGCAUGCUGGACGGCACGGUGAACGACGCCGUGGAGGCGCGCGCGCUGGGGCUCAACCCCGACCACAUCGACAUCUACAGCGCGUCGUGGGGCCCCGAGGACGACGGCAAGACGGUGGACGGGCCGGGCCCGCUGGCGCGCCGCGCCUUCAUCUACGGCGUCACCAAGGGGCGUAAAGGCAAAGGAUCCAUAUUUGUUUGGGCGUCUGGCAACGGAGGCAACCACAUGGACUCUUGCAAUUGCGACGGGUACACGAACAGCAUAUUUACCCUCUCUAUAUCCAGCGUCACCCAGGCCGGGUCGAAGCCGUGGUACCUGGAGGAGUGCUCGUCCACGCUGGCCACCACCUACAGCUCCGGCACGCCCGGCAGGGACCGCAGCGUCGCCACGGCCGACAUGGACCCGCAGCUGCGGCCGGAGCGCCUGUGCACCGUCGACCACACGGGCACCUCGGCGUCCGCCCCCUUGGCCGCCGGCAUCGUGGCCUUGGCGCUGGAGGCCAACCCGCGGCUCACGUGGCGCGACGUGCAGUACCUGGUGGUGCUGGCGUCGCGCUCUGCGCCCCUGCGCGGCGAGCCGGGCUGGGCCGUCAACGGCGUCGGCCGAGAAGUGAGCCACAAAUUCGGCUACGGGCUGAUGGACGCUGCAGCGAUGGUCACCUUGGCGGAGAAGUGGACAAGCGUUCCUCCUCAGCAUAUCUGCAAGUCUCAAGAAGUCAAUAAAGACAUGCCCAUCAGCGCGGCUCCGGGGUCGACGCUGACCGUGCACAUGGACGCCGACGGCUGCUCGGGCAACCUGAACGAGGUGGCGUUCCUGGAGCACGUGCAGUGCAAGGUGUCGCUGCGGUUCUCGCCGCGGGGCAACCUGCGCAUCCUGCUCACCUCGCCGGCCGGCACCACGUCCGUGCUGCUGUCGGAGCGGCCGCGCGACGUGGUCAGCUCCAGCUUCGACGAGUGGCUGUUCCUCAGCGUGCACUACUGGGGCGAGCGCCCCGGGGGCCGCUGGACGCUGCAGGUCGUCAACAGCGGCAAGAAGCGCGCUGCCGACCAGGGCCUGCUGAAGAAGUGGCAGCUGAUCUUCUACGGGACGGCGGUGAACCCGCUGAGGCUGAAGGCCAACGAGAGCGUGGACUCGUGGAGGUCGGCCGAGGCAGCUGGACCGCUCUCGAACGAGGUGGACACGAGCGGGCCGGCGAGGAAGAAGGGCCCCAGCUACAAGAAGACGCUGCAGCUGGCGGGCAGGAGCAGUGCUCUGCCCGAGGGCGGCUGCCACGCCGAGUGCGACCAGCGCGGCUGUCUCGGCCGCGGGCCAUCCCGCUGCCUGGGCUGCCUGCACUACAAGCUGGACAACACCUGCGUGCGGAGGUGCCCGCCGCGCAGCUUCCCCAACCAGGAGGGCCGCUGCUGGCCGUGCCACGAGUCCUGCGAGACGUGCGCCGGGCCCGGCCAGGACAGCUGCGUCACGUGCGCCCCCGCGCACCUGCUGCUGUCCGACCUGGCCACCUGCCUGCAGCAGUGCCCCGAGGGCUACUACGAGAGUUAUGAGCAAGACUCUUGCAUCCCGUGUGAGCCGAACUGCGCCAGCUGCGAACACCGCAACUGCACCAGAUGCGAUCAUCAUUUGUUCCUGUACAACAACAAGUGUUACGCGACAUGCCCGCAGUUCACCUACGAGACAGGUGACCACAGGUGCGCCGACUGCCACGCGGCCUGCCAGACGUGCUCGGGCCCUGGCGCGGCGCAGUGCGUCUCGUGCCGCGCCGGCCACUUCGCGCUGGAAGGGGGCUGCCUGGCCGCCUGCCCGCGCGGGCUGUUCGGCCACGCCGAGCGGCGCGAGUGCCUGCCCUGCCCCCGGGGCUGCUCCGCGUGCGCCGCGGGCUCCUGCGAGGACUGCCGCCCGGGCUGGGUGCCGGCCGCCCUGGGCCGCUGCGCGCCGCUGCACGCCGACUCCUGCUCGCCCGGCGAGUUCUGGAGCGAGCUCGGCGGCUGCUCGGCGUGCCACGGCUCGUGCGCGGCGUGCGACGGGCCGGCGGCGGACCGCUGCCUCGGCUGCAGCCUGCCGCUGAGACUGCAGGGCUCGCGCUGCCUCGCCGCCUGCUCGCGCGGGUUCUACCCGGAGCGCGGCGGCGGCUGCCUGCCCUGCCCGCGCACCUGCGCUGCCUGCAGCUCGCGCCGCAACUGCACGCGCUGCAAGGCCGGGCUGCGGCUGCAGACCGGCGAGUGCCGCGCCGCCUGCGCCCCCGGGUACUACAGCGACGGCGGGCUGUGCGCCAAGUGCCACCUGAGCUGCACCACGUGCAGCGGGCCGCGCCGCGACCAGUGCGUGCGGUGCCCCGACGGCUGGCAGCUGGCGGAGGGCGAGUGCCAGCCCGAGUGCCCCGCCGGCUUCUUCGCGGCGCGCGCCGGCUGCCGCAGGUGCCACCACUACUGCCGCACCUGCUGCGGCGCGGGCCCGCUGAACUGCACCGGCUGCCGGGACGACCUGGCGCUGGACGGGGCCGCCUGCGUGCCCUGCCCGGCGGGGCGCUACCUGGACCGCGCGCUGCAGGCCUGCCUGCCGUGCGCCGCCGGCUGCCGCGCGUGCCGGGGCGAGGGCCCGCGCAACUGCACCGAGUGCGCGCCCCCCUUGGCGCUGGACCCCGCCGCGGGCCGCUGCCGCCCCUGCGCAGGAGGACACGCGGCCAACAAGAAACCCUUAACAUAA